AUGGAGAAUGGGAAAGUACCUACCAGCGUAUCAGAGGUUGGAGGAAGAAAGCAGGGGUCCAAGCAUCACAUUGUCUUAAUAGACCUGCCCAUGCUCAGGGCCUUCUGUAAUUACUUUGACAAAAAGAUGAAGCGGCUCCUCUCCUUUCCCCAAAUGAAGUUAUUUGGAAUCUUGACUGAAAGCAAACACCAGCGGCGCCUGCAGGAGCGCAGGACGCUGCGGGAGCGCCUGGCCCGGAGCUGCAGCUGUUCAAGAAAAAGAGCCGUUGGUGUGCUGAAGACCCUCUUGCCCAUCUUGGACUGGCUCCCCAAAUACCGAGUCAAGGAAUGGCUGCUCAGUGACAUCAUCUCGGGAGUUAGCACUGGGCUAGUGGGUACCCUGCAAGGUAUGGCGUACGCUUUACUAGCUGCAGUUCCUGUUGGAUAUGGUCUCUACUCUGCUUUUUUCCCUAUCCUGACAUACUUUAUCUUCGGAACAUCAAGACACAUCUCAGUUGGACCUUUCCCAGUGGUCAGUUUGAUGGUGGGAUCUGUUGUUCUGAGCCUGGCACCGGAUGAAAAAUUUCUCAUACCCAGCAGUAAUGGAACUAUAUCAAAUGCUACCAUGAUAGACAAUGGGGCUAGAGAUGCAGCAAGAAUAUUGAUUGCAAGCACACUUACUCUUUUGGUUGGAAUCAUACAGUUGGUGUUUGGGGGUUUGCAGAUUGGAUUCAUAGUGAGGUACUUGGCUGACCCUUUGAUUGGCGGAUUCACAACAGCUGCUGCCUUCCAAGUGUUGGUCUCGCAGCUAAAGAUCAUUCUCAACGUUUCAACCAAGAACUAUAAUGGAGUUCUCUCCAUUAUCUACACUCUGGUUGACACUUUUCAAAAUAUUGGUAACACCAAUCUUGCUGAUUUCAUUGCUGGAUUACUCACCAUUAUCAUCUGUAUGGCAGUUAAGGAAUUAAAUGACCGAUUUAGACACAAAAUCCCGAUCCCUAUUCCUAUUGAAGUAAUUGUGACAAUAAUUGCCACUGCCAUUUCAUAUGGAGCCAACCUGGAAAAAAAUUACAAUGCUGGCAUUGUUAAAUCCAUCCCAAGGGGGUUCUUGCCUCCUGCACUGCCACCUGUGAACUUGUUUUCUGAGAUGCUGGCUGCAUCGUUUUCCAUUGCUGUGGUGGCUUACGCUAUUGCAGUGUCUGUAGGAAAAGUAUACGCCAUCAAGUAUGAUUAUGCCAUCGAUGGGAACCAGGAAUUCAUUGCCUUUGGGAUUAGCAACAUCUUCUCCGGGUUCUUCUCGUGUUUCGUGGCUACCACCGCCCUGUCCCGCACAGCUGUCCAGGAGAGCACGGGAGGAAAGACACAGAUUGCUGGCAUCAUCUCGGCUGGGGUUGUGAUGAUCGCCAUCCUUGCCUUGGGGAAGCUGCUGGAACCCUUGCAGAAGUCGGUCUUGGCAGCUGUUGUAAUUGCCAACCUGAAAGGGAUGUUUAUGCAAGUGUGUGAUGUUCCUCGUCUAUGGAGGCAGAACAAGAUUGAUGCUGUUAUCUGGGUGUUUACAUGCAUAGUGUCCAUCAUCCUGGGGCUGGACCUCGGUUUACUAGCUGGCCUUAUAUUUGGAUUACUGACGGUGGUCCUGAGAAUUCAGUUUCCCUCCUGGAACGGUCUUGGAAGCAUCCCUAGCACAGACAUCUACAAGAGUACCAAGGACUACAAAAAUGUUGAAGAACCGGAAGGAAUGAAGAUUCUUAGGUUUUCUAGUCCUAUUUUUUAUGGCAACGUCGAUGGUUUUAAAAAAUGUAUCAAGUCUACAGUUGGAUUUGAUGCCAUGAGAGUGUAUAACAAGAGGCUGAAAGCACUGAGGAAAAUACAGAAACUCAUCAAAAAAGGGCAAUUAAGAGCAACUAAGAAUGGCAUUAUAACUGGUGCUGGUUCAUCAAAUAAUGCUUUUGAGCCCGAUGAAGAUAUUGAAGACCCAGAAGAACUUGAUAUCCCAACCAAGGAAAUAGAGAUUCAAGUGGAUUGGAACUCUGAGAUUCCAGUGAAAGUGAAUGUUCCCAAAGUGCCAAUCCACAGCCUCGUGCUGGAUUGUGGAGCUGUAUCUUUCUUGGAUGUUGUUGGAGUGAGGUCAUUGCGAGUGGUUGUCAAGGAAUUCCAAAGAAUUGAUGUAAAUGUGUACUUUGCAUCGCUUCAAGAUCACGUAAUAGAAAAGCUGGAGAAAUGUGGUUUCUUUAAUGAUAACAGAAAGGAUAUAUUCUUUUUGACUGUCCACGACGCUGUCCUCCACGUACAGAACCGGGUUAAAUCUCAAGAAAUUCAAGAUUCCAUUUUAGAAACGAUCUCUCUCAUCCAGGACCAUAAAGAUCCUCUUGAAUUAAUGGAAGCAGAGCUGAUUGAAGAAGAACUUAAUGUUGAGGAUGAGGCUAUGCGUAGCCUUGCUUCCUGAAAGCGGGCUCAGGGGCCACGCUGAGCAAGGACUGCAAGGCAGAGUUCAACCACCGAUGUCAUUCUAUGCAAGCGUUUUCUGCAUCGACUACUUCUUUGGACUUGAAACACUCAUUCAUUUUCCAUUUGAUUUUUAAAAUAUACAUAUUUUUAUUGAUUUCAGAGAAG